AAACAAUCCUGGACACCUCCUAACGUCUGAAAUAAAGAGCGAUGAGAGCGCGAGUGCACCGAACGUCAGAAAUCCGAGUUAGCAGCGUCGAAAACCGCGAAACCGGGAAACCACUGGGCUUUGGGUUUCGAGUUGCCGUUGAAAAACACCAACGAUCCCGCUAAUCCGGCUGGAGAGUCCAGUUACGCGGGUGUUCUCGAUAUUAAAUCGCGGGGCCCUCAACCUCAUAUCGGCGGGUAAACGAGAGACGAGGGAGAAACAACGGCGGGGAGGGAGAGGGUGGAAACUCUCUGGCAAACACCCGAGAACAAUGAUGAUGACGCUCGGUCCGUCUCCUCAUUAACUUUCGACUAAUUAAACGCAACGACGCUCGUUACGAGGCGAGACGACGGUCGGCGCGAAUUUUGGCGCACGCCACGACGCGAAAGAAAAAAGUCGCCGACCGAUUCACCCGGUGAAUCGAUCGAUCGAUCGAAGUCGUCCCCGCUUCGGUUUCGCUCCGCUCCGCCCCGCGAGCCGUCGGUCCGUCGGUCCGUCAGACGCACGCGAGCCACACCGCAAAAGGGUCGAAACGAAAGGGGUGGGAAAGAGAGGGCCGUGAGUAUGAGAAAGAGAAGGAUAGAGGUUAGAGAGAGGGUUAGGGGUCCGGUGGGAGAUAAAGCGAUAAAGAGCAACGGAGGAGAAAGAGAAAGAGGGCCAAGCCAGCCAGAGAAUGUGAGACGAAAAGAGCCAGUGGAAGAGAAAGAGAGGAUACGCUUGUGCGACGAACGGAGACGAACGCUCGCGGAAGGAGUGGGGUUGCUCACGGGGUGUGAGAGGAACCAGGAAAGGGGAAAGGGAUGCUGCGUGUGUUGGCAUGGACCAGUGCGUCAACGGCUGUUGCCUCACACGAACCGCCGAAAUUAUAGUUAGUGGCCCCGACGGGUAUUUUCAGAGACGACUGUGACUACCAAAACACGCCAGCCUUCUCGGAUUCUCCGCCAGCUACCUCGGAAUCCCUCGUGUCACUGCAACGUUCCAAGAUAUUCUUCGAACAUUCGGAAACUUUGCGGAUUUUCAGACGCUCUGAAGAUGAAAAUUGUUUAGAGUUGAAGUGUGCUGAAUUAUAUCGGUUUCUUUGGUGGGAUUUUGGUGUACAUCGUUUGGUGGAUAGAGAGUUUGCAGGUUGACAAUAACACAUCGUGAACUUGUAUCUCGUUUAUACUGGACCGAUGACAGUAGAGAAGAUUGUGGUGGAUGGAAGCUUUGCUGUGGAAAUCGAAGGUUCCAUGAGAGUGAGGUUUUGUUGCGGUGAAGAUUGUGAUAGUCCGUCGGUUGCUGCGGUGAACACGGCCAGACAGUGAAACCAGGAGAUUGAAAUUUGUCUUAGAUGCUUCUGGUGAUUGCAUUAGUCAACGCGUGAGUCUUCGUUACCGCAAGAUAAAAUUCCCUGUAAAUAGUGUUUCUUGAAGAGUGGGCCGUUGGAAACAAAACUUAACAAGUUUCAAAGAUCCAAAAAAUCAAGGAAUCUCAAGAUCAAAAGAAAUCAAUUUGGAAGAUCCUCGACUCACACCAUUAGAAAUUAACUUAAAAGUUUUGAUCUGCAAGAACUUUUUAAAAACUACCAAAAUCUCCCAUAAUCUUCCACAAACUCUUCAACGUCAUUAUCGAAGCAAAAUUUCCGAAAGAAGUACGGAAGUGCUAGAAGAAAGGAUAACACGAGUACAUAUACAAAGAAUUCUUCAAGAUUGCCAAAUGUUAUUCUGAUCUCGCCGUUAAAGUAAAAUCUUCGAGAGAAGAGGGUGUACCAAAGUAAUCGAAGAAAGAAUCGUCGAGCGUCGGGCAGCGCCAUGUCAGGUCGCGAAGCCUGACCCAGGAAGAGACGUACCGGGUGAGGAUUCUCGUAAGAGCCGAGAAGUUCCAGCAGUGAACCGAAUGGAAGGAUGUAUCAUCCGGCGUUCUGACUGCCUAUGGAUAUAUUCGGCCGUUGCAACGGCGGCGGUGGCGGAAGCACGGUAUCCGGAAGCGGCGCUGGCUCGGUGAGGGGGUCCAGCAACGAGUCCAGCUGUGGAACAGCGAGUGCUCCCAGCGAGAGCGGCGGAACCAGCGACAGGAUGCAGUUGACAGGAGCCUCGGCUCCUGGCGCUGCCGCCUCGCCGGAGUCGGGUGUUUCUCCUUUGACCGAUGCUUACACCAAGAUGACCAGCGACAUCCUGGCCGAGAGAACCCUCGGUGACUUUGUCAGCGAGCACCCUGGAGAACUCGUUCGGACAGGGUCCCCCCACUUGGUCUGCAGCGUAUUACCAGCUCACUGGAGGUCCAACAAGACCCUUCCAGUAGCCUUCAAGGUGGUGGCUCUAGGCGAGGUCGGCGAUGGCACUUUGGUCACUGUUCGUGCUGGUAACGACGAGAACUGCUGUGCUGAGCUGAGAAACUCGACCGCUCUGAUGAAGAACCAGGUGGCCAAGUUCAAUGAUCUUAGGUUCGUCGGGAGAAGCGGCAGAGGGAAGAGCUUCACGUUGACCAUCACCGUGUCCACGACGCCACCGCAAGUUGCCACGUACACGAAGGCCAUUAAAGUAACUGUGGAUGGGCCGCGAGAACCGCGAUCCAAGACCAGUGAGUAUCACUUGUUGUCUCUUUUAGGGCAGCAGCAGCAGUUCCACGCGUUCGCGUUCGCCUCGCAAAGAGGUGGCCCGUUUUUCGCCUCGCCACUGGUGGAUCCUCUGCAACCCUUGCCGAAUCCCCUGCAGCCGCUGCCGAAUCCAUUGCAGCCACGAGAUCCGUUGUCCUCCUUCAGGCACGCGAUGCCAGCCAACUGUCAAAACAUGUCCCAGUUCGGUCUGACUGCAAGCAAUUCAUGGGGAUACGGAAGCACGGCUGGCUACGCUGGUUAUCUUCCCGGCCCUUUGUCGUCGUGUGCGGCACAAGCGUCGUUCCCACCCCCGCCACCGCCACCUCCACCACCACCCCCGUCGUCCUCGUCGUUGGCGUCUUUCGCGGGCGCCGCGUCUAUGAACACGCCAACGGCGCCCGAUUCGACAGCGGGAUCCACUGUUACUUCCGGUACCGGUGCAGGAUCCACGGCACAGCAGGAUGCGUUCUCAGCGGUAUCAUCCCUGGUGCCAGACUCGACGACGACGGGUCAAUCGGAUCCCUUGGACCCUCUGAGCAGUCUAAUGUCGGGGACACCGAGUCAGAGGUACCAGGACUACGUGUCUCCCAGGUCCUUAUCGACGGACUCGAGUACUACGGAGAGUCCUGUGCACGAGGAGCAAGGCUUCGGUCAAAAUUACGGCAACUACUUCCCAACGCCCGGCGUCCUGCCCAGCAUCCUCUAUUCCCAAUUAUACGGGAAUCAGUUUCAGAAUUCGGAGAGUCCCGAGCAGAGAGCAGUGGCGGACAGUUGCAGCGUCAGACAGGAAGAAGUCAGACCGGACAACAACGUCUGGAGGCCUUACUGAGAGCCAGACGAAUCGUUCCCGUGAUAAUUCUGAUUUUAGAACUUUUCUCUCGUCGACUGUCGUGGACGAUAACGUUGAGAUGAGCAAACUGUGAUCGGUGAAGAUGGACGAGGUGUUGGUCUCGAACAAGCAAACGAAACUAGUUAUUAGUGGGCAUUAAAAAAAAAAAAAAAAAGGGAAAUCAAACAAGAGAGAACAAUCCGGUGCAUGUUCGAGGAUGACGAAGAAAUUUGCCUGGCAGCGAUUGUCAGGAAAUUUGGUUUUUCUUCUUUGAUUUUUCGAUUGGUUCUGUUUUCCUAUCUUUUUUCGUUUGGCUGGUUAUGUCUCGACGAAUCGAAAAUCUGUAGAGAGGGGCUGAUUUGUAAUUUACCGAGUGUGUGAUGAGUGAACGUGCUACUGCUGGCCCACGGUGAUGGUGACGAUGAUGAUGAUGUAUAUAGAAACAUUGUACAUAGAUAGAGCAUUGUCGUUUCAUCGAGUCAUUCAUCACUGUCGACGGACUGCGCGACGUGUGACGACUUGUACCGGGUAUUUGCCGGAUGCUUGGUCGAGCUCCGGAUUAUCCUGCACUCUGCUUGUCUCGCAGAUGAGAAAUUGGAUAUCUCGUCUAUGACUUUUCAAAUUUUUUAGCUUGGUUAGGUCCAUCUUAGGUUAUGCGAUUUUUGUGUAAGAGUGUUCAUAUUGCUUUUCAUCUUUUUUCCAGCGAUAUUGGGAUACGAAUUUUUAAUUAAUAGUAUAUGCAAUAUAGCGUCUACGAACUUCGAAUCGAACAAUUUCUGAGUUUUCGUAGUUUUCAAAUUGUUUACUUCGGUUCUUUUACAGUUCGAACUUUUCUCUGUCUCCUCCUUUUUCUUUUUGUUACAAUAUUAGGACACGGAUUUUGGAAUAAUUUUGGGCUAAUAACAUAAUUAAUGCAAAAGUGUUAUCUAUGAAUUCGACAGUAUUGCAAAGGAAAAAAUAAUUUUUUAAUCUUCUUUAAAUUCUUUAAUAUACACAUAUCAUUGUCGAUCUCUAAAGUGAAAAUUUUAACACCAAGCGGAUUAAAGUCGAUGUUUGACCGUAGAUAAAAGUUCUCAGUGCAAAGAUUAAAGUCUUCUUUCAUCUUCAAGAUAAGCAGAUUUUCUAUAACUCGACCAAUUAUCAAAUACACCCAAUGUAACUUUUAUUCCUUUCGAUUAUGUUUUCAUAGUAUAACGCGAUUUGAUCGAUUUGACUGCGGGCUCGUGUGCAAUAUCGUCGAUUCACGAUUCUCGCAGAAAUUUCAUUGCGAUACGUCGGACGAGAAUCGAGUAUCGACCGAGAGUCAAGAGGAUAAGAAUAUAUCGAUUCGUACCUCACGAACGAAGGAGAAAAAUCUCGCGAUUCAACGAAAGAGAAAGAAGCUCCUCGCUUUCACAUCGAAAUUCCCCUCCAUGAAAUGGAACGCAAAAGAAAAGGUAAACGAAAGCUCGCGUUAUAAUGUUUGUAUAAAUAUUAUGACGCGAUUAAUCGAUUAAACGUCGGUAACGAUUUAUUCGUUUUUUUUUCCUCUGAAAACCGACGACGUCUACAUUCUGUCCCAACCCCUCAAAAAAAAAGGAAAAAAAGAAAAAAAAAACGAUGAUUUCAGAUAUACAUAUCUACUGACCUAUUGUUAUCGUAGUUUUUGACCGAGUCGAAAUAAAAGUGUAUUUCAAAAUA